CUGUUUUUUUACUCACUUUUCAAAUCCUCCCAAAAUUUCCACCGAACACAAAAAAAUAUUCUUAUUGCAUAAUAUAAAUUUCUUGUAAUAAUUGAUUAAAAAAUCACACAAUGCAAUCAACUUCAUAUGCUUUUCUUCUUCUUUUUGCCCUGUUCUUCAUUCUCUCUAAUGGAGAACCCUAUUUUUCCUCCCACAAAACAUCUAUUUCAGCGGAAAGUGAAGGGGUUAAGUAUGAAUUAAUGGAAAGUUUAGGGGCGAAAAGGUUACUUGUUGAAGAAGAUGUUUUGAAUUCAUCACUGGUGUUGGCUCAGAAAAGAACAACAAGGAGAGAUCCCCUUGAUGGAUUUAAGAAGUAUAGAGGAGGAUGGAACAUUAGUGAGCGCCACUAUUGGGCUUCUGUGGCAUUUACUGCUGUACCAUUCUUUGCUAUGGCUGCUGCCUGGUUCGUGUUCUUUGGGUUGUGCUUGUCGAUGAUUUGUCUCUGCUAUUGCUGUUGUGCACGAGAACCGUAUGGCUAUUCCAGAAUGGCCUAUGCGCUCUCUCUUAUCCUCCUCGUCCUCUUCACCAUCGUUGCAAUUGUUGGAUGUGUUGUUUUAUACACGGGGCAAGGGAAAUUCCAUCACAGUACAACAAAAACAUUAGAAUAUGUUGUAGAUCAGGCAAAUACAACUGCAGAAAAGCUAAGGAGUUUGUCUGACGAUCUUGCUGCUGCAAAGAAAAUAGGGGUAGCCCAGGUGUUUUUGCCAGUUCAAGUCCAAUCAGAUAUUGAUGAGAUACAAGUGAAGCUGAACACAUCAUCUUAUGCUCUUUCUGAUCGAACUGAAGAUAAUAAAGAAGACAUACACCGUGUCUUAAAUGCCGUGAGGUUGGCUCUGAUUAUUCUCUCAGCUGUGAUGCUCUUCUUGACAUUCUUGGGGUUCUUGUUUUCACUCUUUGGCAUGCAAUCAAUGGUUUACACCUUGGUGAUUUUUGGAUGGAUUCUUGUGACCGGAACAUUUAUAUUGGCUGGCGUGUUCCUUGUGCUGCACAAUGUGACUGCAGACACUUGUGUGUCGAUGAACCAGUGGGUUGCUAACCCAACUGCACAUACGGCGUUAGACGACAUUCUCCCUUGUGUAGACAACGCUACAGCUCAAGAAACUUCAAUGAGGAGCAAAGAAGUCACCUCUCAACUUGUUAAUGUGAUCAACCAAGUCAUCACUAAUGUCACUAAUAUUAACUUCGCCCCAAAUUUCACGCCUUUGUUUUUCAAUCAGUCUGGGCCAUUGAUGCCGCUUCUCUGCAAUCCAUUCAGACCAGACUUCAGUGAUCGAGCAUGUGACCCAAAAGAAGUGUCCUUGAACAAUGCCACACAGGUCUACAGUCAGUUUGUGUGUCAAGUUUCACCUAGCGGGAUCUGCACCACUACCGGCCGCCUAACUCCUGAUUUCUAUAGUCAAAUGUCAGCCGGAAUAAAACUAAGCUAUGGGCUGUACCUAUAUGGGCCUUUUCUGGUAGAACUCCAAGAUUGCACAUUUGUCAGAAAGACUUUUAGUGACAUCUCACGGGUCUACUGUCCUGGUCUUCGGCGAUAUAGCAACUGGAUUUACAUCGGGCUGUUGAUGGUUUCAAUGGCAGUGUUGUUGUCUCUUGUUUUUUGGGUUAUUUAUGGAAGAGAGAGAAGGCAUCGUGUCUACACCAAAAUACUCAUUGCAAGAACAGAUGAUCAUAAGGGUACGUGAAGAUUGCUGCAUGCGGAGGAGAGUGUGAAUAGUUUUGAUGGCUUUGGAGAGAAUGUGAUUGUGUUACUCGACAUUCGUUCUCCAUUGUUGUAUUUACUCUGAGAAUAGUUGGUAGUGUAUACGUUCAGCGUUAUGCUUUGCUAUGAUCUUUGGAUCUAUCUCAGUUUGUGAUUGUUUAUUAUUAAUAGAUGAGCCUAGAUGAUGUUUGGUAUA